GCUUUCCGGGGGGUUAUGGGAGGAUUUUGGUGUCCGGGAUAGAGGUCGGUGGCUCUGUGCUGCCGGUGCUGGAGCCAGCCCGGGUGGGCGGGCUGGACUGUGGCGAGAUCGGAGCCGGUUCUUAGGCCCGGCUGGAAGGGGCUCGGAGGUGCCGGGCGGGGCCUGAGGCGGCUCGGGACAUGGGAGCGUCCGAGCGGGUUCCGCGGUCCCGCCGCGCAGCCGCCCCGGCGGCCGAGGAGCAGCAACCCGCACCAGCGCGCGCAGGAGGACGAGUGGCGGCGGCGGAACAAGACGGUGCUCACCUACGUGGCCGCGGCCGCCGUGGGCAUGGUGGGGGCCUCCUAUGCCGCCGUGCCCCUCUAUCGGCUCUACUGCCAGACUACUGGACUUGGAGGAUCUGCAGUGGCCGGGCACUCAUCCGACCAGAUUGAAAACAUGGUGCCCGUUAAGGAUCGAAUCAUUAAGGUCACCUUCAAUGCCGACGUGCAUGCCAGUCUCCACUGGAACUUCAGACCUCAGCAAACAGAGAUAUAUGUGGUACCAGGAGAGACUGCACUGGCAUUUUAUAAAGCUAAGAAUCCUACUGACAAACCAGUAAUUGGAAUUUCUACAUAUAAUGUUGUACCAUUUGAAGCUGGACAGUAUUUCAAUAAAAUACAGUGCUUCUGCUUUGAAGAGCAAAGGCUUAACCCACAAGAAGAAGUAGACAUGCCAGUGUUUUUCUAUAUUGACCCUGAAUUUGCAGAAGAUCCAAGAAUGGUGAAUGUCGAUCUCAUCACUCUUUCUUACACCUUUUUUGAAGCAAAGGAAGGGCACAAGUUGCCAGUUCCAGGCUAUAAUUGAAGUAGAUUCCAAGGCCUGCUUCAGAUUUGUGAUUUUUGGAAAAUCAUGUAUUGUGCUUUCUCAGAAGAGAAAUAUUCUACACUAAUGUAUAUUGAAACCUUGUAUUUUAAAUGAUUCUAUUUCUUUCUUCUCAACUUCAUUUAUCUCAUUUAAGACUGAGAGAAUGGGUUCAGGACUCAGUCUGUGAUAAAAAGAUGCUGCUAUCUCUGAUGGUACUUAGGGGCAGGAAAUGAGCAUUGCUCUGUGUGCAGUAAUAGAAAAGGAAUGGUAUUUAUCGAGACAUGAAGAAUAUUGACUGUUGGAUGUACCACACGGGUGACUGUUGAAAACUGCACAAAAGGUCAGGGAGAUGAAUCAGUGGGUUAAAUUGUUUGCUUCAUAGGCCUUGACAACUUGUUCUGGUUCCUGGAACCAGCCUUAAAUGAGUGAGUGGAGUAGCUGACACCUGUAAUCCCAGAGUCCUGACAGUGAGGUGGGAGGUUGAGCCAGGAGAAUCUCCUCGCCUUUAUAUGCAUGCUAUGGCACACAUGCACAAAUAAACUGCUUUAGUGGUUCAGUUUAAUUCUGUAGUGUUAGGACCUUCACACUUUUACCAAUGUAUCUGAAAACUUUGAAAAAGAAAAUAUGCUCAAGUGGUUUUAGUUCAUAGACCUUAUCACCAAGCAAGGGCUGCUACUUUUCUGCAGUAUAAAGUGACACAAUUUAAAAUUGUUCAUUUAUUUUGUGAGUAUGUGGGGAAGGUGAGUGACACAUAUGUACUGGUCAGCAGACACACUGGGAGACAGUUUUUUCAAGGUUGUCAGACAAGGCAGCAAAUGCAUUCCUGCAGAGCUGUCUUUGGCUGAACUGACAGUUUUAAAGACUUAAAGAAGAGUAAGAGGAAUCACUCGGUCUGCCAGCUCACUCCAAGUUUGUAAUCUUCAUUCAAGCGUGGCUUUUCCUGUUAAGAUUGAGGGCUUAUUUAUUCAGAGUAUUGAAUAGACAAUGACUUGGAUAUGAUGAUAAAGUGAUUUAACAGAAGAAUUACACCUGCUAGUCUGUGCUGGCAUUUAUUAUCAUAAUUCCAGAUUCAUUAAUGGAUGAUGUAAGGAAGAAACUAUGAAGACUUAUUGACAUAAAUGCUCUUUGAGGUAAAAAACAAAACAAAAACAAUACAACUCUGACAAAUUAAUAGUAAUUUAAUUUUAAGUGAAUGAUGCACAAUUUUGUUUUCCAGUAUUUGUUUCAAAAUGUAAAUUAUAAUAAAAGGCAAGAAUGUUUAACAUUACAAAGGCCACCUGAUGCAGUGCUCAGGCACUUGAAAUAUAAUUAAACAAAUCAUCAAGUUUAAACCAAAGUGUUAUUUAUAUAUAAAUGCAAACUGACUUCUACAUUCAAAUUCAGUUAAAUGAAGGCACUCAUUUUCUUCUUCACUUCCUGCCCAAUCUGUUCACAAUAUUUUGUAGUAGGACGAUCUUCAAGUACCCUUAUAGGUCUGUGGUGAUUUCUAUUGGUAGGAAUGCCUGCGCAGCAGAAGAGUCUUCAACUUAACCAGUUGACCUAAUACCAGAAAGUUUUCCUUCUGCUGAAGUUGUAGUUGUUAUAGUCAGCUUCUCCUGAAAUCCUGAGCCAUUGUCAGGAGUAGCUGUGUUAGCUGGGAAAUGUUAACUAUUCUGUUGAGAAGUGGUCCACUGGAUUUCCCUGUUGGCAGGACUUGUCUUUCAGGCCUCAGUGGAGCAGGGACUGCUUUAUUGAGCUGGUCCUUUGUGCUGCUAAUUAGCUGAGCAUACUCCUGAAAUAAAGGGAAGACAUUGGCCAUUCUCUGAAUUUCCUGAGAAACUGGAAAGCCAUACAGUUAAGCAGAGGAAAGGUUGGAAUGGACUUUUCCAUGGUUGGAGAUAUGAAGGGAGUAAACAGUGAGCAGGUCAGUGGAGACCAGGCAUUCAGUGGUAUGUAAAUAGGAUACCUGGUGCAGGAGCACUACUGAUGGUCCAGCUAACAGGUAUGGACUGCACACGGAUGCCAUAGAGUUGUAUUGAAAUGACAAAGUUUACUGAUCAUCUUUUACUUUUGUUAGCAUUAAUAUUUAUAUACCCCAAACCAGCUUCUGUAUUUCCAUGCCUCAUUUCUAGAUGAUAAGAUAAUGGAGAGUGUAUGUCAUUAAUGAGCACUGGACAGUGUUAAAUAAUUCAGAGGAACUUGGUACUGUGCUGAAAUGGGUAUCAGACUCGAAUGGUGCUUAUAGAAUUUAAUACCAAUAUGCUAAUUCCACUGAAUUAUAUGGAAUCUAUGUUGCGUAAGCUGGUGGGGUUUUUUUGUUUACCUUAGCAGUCACUGUGAUUUUGAGCUUCUUUGUGGUGGUAAGCAUCAAUUUCUUCAUAAACAGCUCUGAAACAAAGCCACCAAGGUAGAAGAAUUACACUUCAGUUACAAAGUACUGUAUUAGCACCACCAAAACUGAAAAGUACUGGCUUUUGGGCUGGGGUGUCAGGCAUCAUAUGUAAUAAAAAGAUCUUUAUCCUAUACCUCAUUCUAACAUAAAAACAUUCUAAUGUUAGAGGUCUUUCCCAUGCCAAUUCAAGGACAAUUUAUUCUUACUUUUGAUUUAAAGGAAAACUGGUUCGUAUUUGGGCAGUUUGAUUUUUUUUUUGUUUUACUUUAAAACAAAUCUAGUUUUAAAAUAAUUUAAAAAUAGGAAUUGUCUGCUUUAUUUAACAUUGUAUUAUAGUCUAGACUUGGGAGAAACCUUUAACUUGUGUUGGUCAUUUCUGUACCAUUAAUAAAUUAUAAUUUUUAAUAAUUUCCCUAA